UUGAAAUCAUUGGAUUGAAAUUUUUGGUGGCGAUUGGUGCCUCAAUAAUUAUUCGACCUGCUUCUUUUAUACUUCGCUUAUCCUCUCCACUGAAAGCACCUUCUUCUUAGGAUCGAUCUUGGUUUCAGCCAAACAAGUUGGCACGAAUGGUAGGAUCACUCCGAUAUGAUUUGGUAGGAUGGUCUGUGCCGGAGGCAACACCGAGAGAAGCAGAGGCGAACAUAUUUUGGGCUUCAAUGGUAUUGGUCGCCAUGUAAAAUGCUAUGCUCGCAGACAACUAAUCAAUAAUGGCGAGUUGUACAUGUUUGAAAAUCCACCUUAUUACACAAAUUGUCCUACCAAUAUUAAACAUAUCAUCUGCGAUGUAUGCAACAACUUUAUGAUCCCACGUAGUGAUGGGAAGGUUGAGUAUGGUAAGCAUCAUUUUUGGGCUCAAAAUUACUGCCCUAUCCAUGAAUAUGAUGGAACUUCCUAUUGUUGUAGCUGUGGAAGAUUACAGGCAUCAGCAGGAAUGGAGUACAUUUUACUGGAAGAUGGAAGGAGAUUAUGUCCAGAGUGUUCCAGCUUCAAGAUCAUGGACAUCAAUGACUGCCAACCUCUUAUCCUUGAGAUACAACAAUUCUUUGGAAGUUUAAACAUGAAACUGGACCAAAAGAUUCCAGUGGCGUUGGUCGCAAGUGAGACAUUGAACGACCUCACGGAAGCCAACGAUAACUUGCAUCAUCUAUCCGCAACUACAGGGUUGUGCUUACCAGAACGGCGCCCCAUUCCCAUUGUUCGUAUGAUGGAGAGUAUGGGGGGAUUCUCAUUCAUGGACAUGCUCAAAUCCUAUCCUCAACUUGUUCAUAACAGGGAAGUUGAUGCUAUACUCAUUCUAUAUGGCCUUCCCAGGUUGUUGACAGGAUCUAUUCUAGCACAUGAGAUGAUGCAUGCUUGGCUACACUUUGAAGGUUAUCCCAAUCUAAGUAAACCAAUUGAAGAAGGUAUCUGCGAAGUUGUAGCUCACAUGUGGUUGAAAUCCAAAAUCCAUGUGGGGUCUGAAACUGCCAUGGCUGCUGCUUCUUUAUCUUUCUCCCUGCAACCUGGACGUUCGAAAAAGCACGAGCAACCGAGUGAAAUAGAGAAGAAACUCGGAGAAUGUUUCAUACACCAAAUCGAAACAAAUAAUUCAAACGACUACAGACAUGGGUUCAUGGAGGGAAACAGGGCAGUUUCUCGGUAUGGUUUGAAGAAAACUCUUGAUUGCAUCAAACUCUAUCGAACCUUUCCAGUUUAGACGUCAUUGUCAUUAUGACAAACAUGCAGUAAUUGAUUGUACAACGUUGGUAGAAAGUGAAAUUAAUUGUUCUACUUGGACUCAUCA